AAUCAUUUGGUGUGUGAAGGGCCUGAAAAAAUAUCGAAUCAUACUAAUCGAACAAGAGCACGAACUUUAGAAUGGAACUAUUCAGGAUCGUGUUGGCUCUCUUGUUAGCAGGAUUCGCCAAUGCCAGGCCUCAAAUAAUCGACACGGAAACGAUUUUACAACAGGAAGCAACUAACGAGACAUACAGCAACAACAACAACAAAGAAUGGAAGAAACCAAUGAAACCUAGCAUGGAAAUGACUACCGAAAAUGUUCACCGAGGUGACAGCAGGUAUACGGAGAACUCCGGAAGUCGUAGAAAGUCUUACAUUAACUAUUAUCGUUAUAUUAAUGAUAGUUCGCCGAUCAAAAGUAGAAAUAGUAGUGGUAGUAGUAUUAGUAGUACUAGUAGUAAUAGUAGUAAAACUAGUAGUAGUAAUAUUAUUAGAAAGGUAAGUUCAGGAUCGGUAGAUUCCGUUAGGGGCUCAUUUGACCGGUUCAAGUUAUUAAACGAAGAAGAUUAUUUUCGACCGAUAAAUAUUUCAGAUAGAUAUCCUUAUCGUCCCGUUAAAUUAUCAAAUCAUAGUAAAAAUGAUAGAUCAAUUUAUGCGUCACGUCGUUUAAAUCUCUCUAAAAUUUACAAAUUAAUUAAUCAUGAAAAUGAUGUAUUAACUAAACUUGAUGAUAAACAUGAUUCAAAACUCAAUGAUAAUUCUCAACGCGAAGUUAUUAAUAAUUCAGGAAAGAGAAGGUUGGGAGCGAAUGAACUGGCCUUGAACCAGAAUUUAAACUCAGAAGAACGAGUAGAUAUACUGGAUCGCAAAAACAUACCAGCAUCGACUUAUAGAAACUCUGUCAAGGUCGGACAUUAUGGUAGUACUCCUGUGCUUUCUUACAACCGGUUUCCACAAGUCGUCGCUAUUAGGAAUGUAACGAAUACCAUGUUGAGGGAUCGUGAGAAUUACGGUUUUUCUAAACAUACGGUCAACGACCUUAACCAAUCAACAAAGAAUUCGAAAUUGUCGACUAGUGUUAGGAAAAUUACACCCCAAUCUAAAAUUACCACGAAUUCUCGCAAACCUACGAUCAAUUUCGUAAGACGUGAUAAUAAUAUUAUUGAUAGAAGAAAUAUAACGCGUGUUUCACAAUUAAAUAAUCAAAUAUCUAAGGCUAAUUCUUUACUCAAAAAUUGGCCUAACGAUAUACCAAAAGAUGCAGAGGAUUUUUAUAAUUAUCACAGAUAUACGUCAUUUCCUGGACAAAUUCAAAAUUUGCAAAAUACGGAUCAAUUAAUUAAUCCUAAUAAUAAUAAUAAUUCGAAUGUUCAUCAUCGAGUACCUGCCAUGCAACCUGGUAUUCAAGAAAUUGUUCAAUGGAUGAAAGUUCCAGCGUUUUCUUCGAAUCAAAGUCAAAUGUUAGAGAGCGAUGAAUUCGAUGGUCCUAUCAGUGUAACUUUCAAACCAAUUUAUGAGAAUCUCGAACCUAAUCUUCCUUUGAAACCAUCCGUAGAUAACACGUUAAAUCAUAACAAUGGUAAUAAUUAUUUCGAUAAUUUGUUACACGUUUCACCAAAUUGGGAUACAUCCACGACAAAUAAUGAUUUGAUUCAAGCGUCAUCUUUGCCACCAAAGAAGACCGGAUAUAAGCCUAUAACGCAAAUAACGCAAAACACGGUCGUUCAUAUUCUGAACAAUGGUUCGAAAAAAUCUAACAGUACAUUAACCGAGAUUAAUGAUCUUCAGAAAAAUAUUUCAAUGCCUGUUACUUCUAUUCAAGCUUCUUCCAUUACCUCAGAUUCACAACCCAACAUGCAGGUAAUGUUCUUAUCAGAGGAGGAUAAGGUUAAAGAAAACGUUAACUUCGAUGAAAAUUGUCCUACCAUCAUGAUAAACUCGUUUACCAAUGUAAAUAAUACAAUUGAAAGUAAAGAAGGAUGUACGGAUUUGAAUAUCAUCAUUAAUUCACACAUUUUAAAUACUAACGUGAUUAAACCCGCAGAAACUACAAUCGAUGACCCAAAUAACGCGGAUUUAUCACCAAAUGAAAAUAAUAAAUAUGUAGGUCCUAUAGAGGAUACUUAUCCUUCCUUUUCGAUUAACAAUUACGAGACUACACCAACCGCAAUUUACAAUACUCCUUCGUACCAUCAUGAUUAUAUACCACAGAACGACGAGAUAUUUCAAUCGGAAAUUUCCUCCGAGCCUAAUUACAUUUCUUCCGACCUACCAAUCCUUCAGGUUGUCCAGAAUACUCAAGUAAGCGUGACGAACUUGAACGAUCAACCUAACGACGUUGAUGGUUCAACGUUAUCUGAAACACCGGUUGAAAAUUUAGAUGAUACUUCUGGUCCUGUUAAUAACGAUGUUGCGUCUACGAUAAAUCAAGGACAAUCUGCUUCUUCUACGUUUACCGAUGUAUCCGGUAAUGGACAAGGAAAUAGUAACGCUAAUGGUCUUGGUACUUUGCAAAAUUCUGAGCUAUCAAAUCGUCCUAAUUUACCAAACACAGUUUCUCACUUGAUCAAUAAUCGUCCUUCUAGUGGUACCAAUUUAGGAUCUACUGUUAACAAUGACGAUGAUGAUGACGAUGACGAUGACGACUUUGAUUUGUCUCCCAGUGGUGUAUUGGAAUCGAUAACCUCAACUUUCACGUACCUUACUUUCUUCACUCCUUUGAACUAUAGUUUGUUCAGUUUAGCAGCAGCUCCUUUCGCUGCUCUCGCUGCUGGUAUCUUAGGAAUAGCUGCUUUUAUAUUUCCCUGGACUAUUCCAAGUGCUUUUGAUUUUGGUAGAUCAUCCAAUCCUGUCACGAUCAAAUUCACACCUAAUCUCGAUGAAGUUGUCAGACAUUCCCUGCAAAAAUAUAAACGAUUGAACGAAUGGAAAAGAGAUUUUCAUUUCAGUGUUCAACUCAAUGAAACUCAACGCCAGCUGAAAGAUCUGCAACACAUCAACCAAUCAUUAAGAACGGUCGCUACGCAGUUAUUAAACGUAACAAAUCCAAACGAAGGAAUUAAAGAUACGAAAUUAGAUAUGAAAGAUUCAAAAUUGAACGAGAAGAAUGAAGCAUUAUUCGUAAAGGAAAUAAAUACCGAAAUAAGUAAUUUGGAAUCAAUGGGAAUUAAUUUUGGUAGACCGAUCAACUCGAAAUUUGGUUAUUUUGAGAAUAGUCAUCCUGGUCAAGCUAUGGUCAUGACAGAAGAAGAACUCGAAAAGGAAAUGGGUUCUACCAGAUUGAUGAUAGCUCAUAAAAAUCAUCCAACGACAACUGGCGGUAUCUCGACGUGGAUUCUAUUAAAUCCACCAUCGACGACAAUGAAGGGUCUCACGGAUAAUGCUGAUCAACCUAGUACAACUAAACAACCUGAGAACGAUGUAAGAUAUACAUUGAAACCGAUCGUGACUCAUGGAAGAAUAGAGGUUAAGAAUACCAAGAACGAGCAAAAGACAACAUCACAAUUACCAUCGACUGGCUCGAUAGAGAAAGUUAUAUUCCCUAGUACGACGAAGAAAGCUACGAAUAACAGUACAUUAAAGAAAACAACUCUUAGUAAUAGUUCCUCCUCGAAACAGGACGAAACCACACAAUCCUUGGCUAAGUUAGAAGAAACCAUUGAAAAUACUACCUCCAAGAUAUCACGUACAACUUUAGCAGCCUCUAAUACGGAAAAUAAAGUAACAUCAGCAUCCUUGUCUUCUACAGCUACCACAAAAAAAAUUCAAAUCAUAAGGUCAACUUUAAAAGCUAAAAGCACGACACCUAGAUCAACCGUUGUUAAUAAAUCUGGUACGAGUCAGCCAACUAAAAGACCUCAACAAGGAAAGCCUAAACCAUCUCAUACGAGAAGAACAACCGUGAAACCUGAUAUAUCAAAGAAUGACAAUUCUACUACAGCUAAGGUUGAAAAAGUUACGUUCAAAGCAGUUCCAAUGAUUACAACACCAAAACCAAAGAACAAUAUCACGGAAAAACCAAUGUUCGUUACUAAGAUCAAGGCUUCUGUUCUCAUGGAUACUCAAAAAACUACAACUACGACUACAGCUCCGAACGUUUACAUUUCUACAACUUCUAACCUCAAUUUUUCGGAUGUUGAUUUAGUAGAAUUACCAGUCAAAUCUAAACCUCUUGGAGCAAGCAUAAAUAACGCCUUGAAGGUGCAAUUGAAAAAACCAAUUGAUGAUUCUACUCAAAUCGAGAUAGAACCUAUCAAAAUGAACGCACCCAUUCUAACGAUUCAGAAAGUGGAAAAGAAACCAAAUGAUGAUAUGUCUGACAUUAAUUUUGUUAAUCUCAAUGGUACUAGUAUUGAUUUGAAAUUUGAUUUCAAUCCUGAACUGACUAAGAUCAGUACUGAAAUGGAGAACUCAGAAAAUUCUAUGACAACGUCCAGUCCAUCAACUAUGACAACGAAACGACAAAGAAAUUCGAAUAAGAGGAAGAAGAACAAGAUUAGGCGUCGUAGGCCAUCUAGCUCGACACCGUUAACAUCAACAUCAACAUCAACCACAACUACACCUAGCACAAUUGUUCCUGUAACAGCUGAGGAAAUAAUCGAAAUAUCAGCUGAACCAAAUCCUUUGGACAAUGCUAUUCAAGAAUCCAAAAUUGAACCUGAAUCCAAAAUUACUAAUACCAAUACAAAGACUAAGAAGAAGCCACCACAAAAAGGUAUCAGUUCACAGAUCUACAGUUUUCUAAGCAGAGAAGUAAUGCCCAGUUUUGGAGUAAUGUCAUUGUUAGGAUUAGGUUUGGGAUUGGCUUCCUAUUUCUUGUAUCCUUUCGGUGGAACAAUCACCCGAAGAAAUUACGAGGUGGAACCUAAUUACAAGUAUAAUUUGGACGAAUAUGGUGGUAAUUAUGGACAAAACGAAGAGGAUGUUUUAUCAAAGGUAUUGCAAGGUAUGACCAAUCAUGAGAAUAAAUUUGGUCUUGCAUCAUCAAAUGGGGUCAAAGAUUUGGAUAAAAAUUAUUAUCGUUAUCAACAUUUUGACGGUGCGUAUGAUACUCAAUCGGUAAGAAGAACGGAUCAAAGAUAUCCUUUGCCAUCGUCGUCACCUAUUUACAAACCAACUGAACAUACAGCGUCUAUGCUUAAAUAUCGUAACACCGAUUACAAAUAUUCUGAAAUACAAACUACGCCAACUUAUUACGAUCCACAAAAACAUAAUGAAUUUGUAAUCAGUCAAGAUAAUUCAGGAAAUAGGCAAUUCGUUGUCGGUAACAUACCGAAAGAGUAUCCACCAUUUAACAACGAUAAACAUCCUACCUUAUCGACGACGAAUAAGAAAGGUCCCAACGUUUUCCAAGAACCCACGGAAAGUGGCUUGACGCAAUUUGAACGUGACAUUGCUCAAGGUCUCAACUUUCCACCCAAUUCCAUUAAUGGACAUGGCUAUCAAUCGGAAACCCAAACUUUACGACCUGAAGAUGGUUACGAAGAGAUUGAGAUUACACCUACCGCAGUAGCAGUUGAACAUGGACCUAGAUCUUUAAAAAUAAAACGUUCGAUCUCUAAUCGUCUUUCCAGAUCGAAAAGGGAAUCUGUAAUUCAGAUAAUCCCGUCUAAACACGAAUUAGAAGAAGAACAAAAGGAAGAGGAUUUAAGCAAUGAAAUCUUAGAUAUUAUUGACUUGGCUUUACCUGGUAGUGAUGAGAAAAAAAUCAAACAUAACGAUCCUGAUGAUUUUCAUUCGUAUAAGAAAAAACUUCACGAGGAAUCUCAAAAACAUCAUAAAGAAAUAGGUUCUAGAAGCCCGACGCUACCUAAUGACACCGAAAACAAUACUAAUAAUGUAAUACAUGAUAGCGUUGAAAAAAUAACGACUGAAAAACAACUCGAUAAAAUAGAAGAAGAAAAUUAUUCGAGCACUAGUUCUUUUGUAACUCCCAUAUCUUCGAGCAACGAAUCGUCUGAUACAACCGAACAUACGAAAGACAUCGAAGAAACUACGAUCGAAUGGUCCGAAAAUUCAACGACGACGAAACCAAACGAAGAAGGUUUUAAUAUCUUUAGUUUCGUUAAGAAAGUAGCCGAAAUUAAAUUUAGAUUAGGUUUGACCAUAUUGAAACAUGCUAGUGAGGGUUUCGCAAGAUAUCUGGGACAUGUUCAAAAGAGGAUCAAUGGCGAGGAAUAGAAAGGGAUUUAAUGAUACCUGUCGAGACCACAAGUUGAGAAUGAUAUGUGAUUUGAAGAGCUGGCAAAUUGCAUUGUAUCGUCUCUGAUGUGUACUUACGUACUUACUUCAGCAUGUAUAUUUUAUUUAACGACUGCGUAGAAGUAAACCACCCCAGUUUAUACUCGUUGUUUCAUACUCGGUCUUAUCUACGCGAGAUAUUACUUGAAUUAUUGAUCGCAUAAAUGAUUUCCUGAUUGUUAUACCAUCGCGAUUAUUUUCACUAUUGACUGAAGGAUUAACUUCUAAUAUUUCGCAAAAAUCAAUAUUAACGCAUUUAUCAUCACAAGUGAAAAUAAUGAGCGAUGAUGUUUGAAAAAUUUAAUUUGCGAAAGGAUAAUUUUAAGGGAUUCAUUUAUAUGUC